CCCCCUCUCUCCCUCUCUCUCUCUUUCUUUCUCUUUAUGAGGGGACUUCAAGUUUCUCCACAGUUCAGUUCAGAAGUAAGUGAAGAUCAGGAUGGAGACUUCCUGAGAGGAGCUGAAAACGCUGAGCAGUGUAAGUGCACAGACGUUAACUACUAAACGAUUGAGGACCAUCCUGUGGUUCAUGCCUCAGCAGUCUGUUCAUCUCGGCUCUGCAAUGCCAGAGGACCCUAUUAAAGACGCCAUGACGGUACCCACGGCCCCUGAGAGAUCCCUCACAGACAAAACAAACAACAAUGACCCACUAGCCAGUGCAGUCACUAUCCCUAUGGUCACGGAGGGUCAACUGACGGCCGCUACGGGCGGAGCGGAGCUUUCCUGCUACAGGUGCACAGUGCCGUUUGGUCUGGUGGUCCUCAUUGCUGGCAUCGUGGUGACAGCCGUGGCCUACAGCUUCAACUCUCAUGGCUCCACAAUCUCCUACUUUGGGCUGGUGUUGCUAUCAGCCGGCCUGGGGCUGCUGGGUCUCAGCGCCGUCUGCUGGAAGGUCCGGCUGGAGCGGAAGAAGGAGAGACGGCGGGAGAGCCAGACGGUGCUGGUGACCAACCAUCGGAGCAUCUUUGCCUGACCUGGAGACGGUUCAACCAAACAGAAAGACACAUUUGUCCUCACAGCACUGCUAACGAGUACACCAGUGACCACGGGAAAUGUAAGGACACUCAGGGGAGGCUUCAGUAGGAGAACCUCACUGUGAUUCCCUUCACACAUUCUGCCUGCGAUAGAACCUCUUCACCAUGACUGCAGACACAUGCAAUGGGACUGAACCUGGAAACUGGCUGAGACUAACCAGCUCAACCUUUGACCUACAUUCAUACAGCAUACUGCCCGGGAGAGCAGGCCUUUAGCUGUUGUAAUGGAGAACAAGGAGCAAUGUUUCUCUUGCUACCCUAUAGACAAGCAAGGCUCAGGGAGCAUCGCACAGCCUGUUUAUCAUUUGUUUACUGGAACAAACCUGCUGUUAUUUGCUGUUUGUGCUCUGCCUGGGAGUUCUGCUGCUUAAUAAUUGUUACAUAUGUGUCACACAAAAAGUUUGCAUCUUCAAAACAAGAAAAAUCAUUAAUUCUAGACCAUUUUGAAGCAUUUUGGUUGGUCAUUAUUAUAAAGUGUAAACUGCAAGAUUAACAAGCAGAAACAACAAAAAUAAUAACAUGAGUUUUUUUAUCUGCCGAACAAAAAGUAUUUCUAAAUGUUUAGCUUUUAAUUAAACACUUUUUGAUAUAUAACUAAUUCCACUUUUGAGUUUAAAGAUAUAAUCAGUAAUAAUUAGUGGUUAUAAUCCUGCAGUAACACUCAAAUGUUUUGUAAGUAAUACAUUUUUUAUUACUUAAUGCUCCUGGGCAGGAUAUGUCAUGCUUAAAUAGUCACUACAUUUUAUUUUAUAGCAAUGUCUUAAAUCAGAUAAUUAUUAGCUAAUGGCUAUGAGCAUAUAAGAAUUCAUAUAACUGCUUAAUUGGUUAAUAAUUAAAAUGGAUAUACAAUCCAUAUAAAUGUAAUAGCAAUAUAACUAUUAACAAUGCAUUUGUUUGUGAGAAGCUUUGAAAAGAAUUCCACUCAAGGUAAUCAGAACCUGGGAAACUCAAGUCAGUGUCAAUUCAAAACACAUGUGAAUUUGAAAAAUCUUAAACACAGAGACCAGGCUGCUUGUUGAACUGGAUUAGCGUUUUGAGUUUGAGAAGCAGCGCUUAACAUGCUAAUCCACCAAUAUUACCAUCUUAAAUCAAACUGUUAAAUCAGUUACGCCAUCAAAUUCAAAUUAAAUCAUCCGCUAUGCUGGUCAAAAGCUAUGACAAACCCUGUAGGCCCCAGAUUGCACUGCUCAGCAUUGCAUAAAACAUUUUAUUUAAUACUUUUUUGAACAUCCUCAAAGAAUUAUACAAAUCCAACUGUGAUACCACAGUUAACUUAUGUCUAACUUAUGCAAAUCAUAUUGACUUACUUGUAGAAAUAUUUAUCCUACAAGUUUUAAACAACCUUGUAACUCUGAGGAUCCAGUGAUGUGUCUUGUGAUGCUUUUAAGUGUAACCUAUGAAGCAUUUUGGUAAUUUUUAAUAAGAAUCUAAAACUAAUACUACUUAAUAAGCUUGCAAAAAUGUUGCACUAAAUUUUUAAUUAUAACUAUCAAAACAUUUUUGGUCAUUUUGACAGAAUUCUGCAAUUAUAAAUCUAAGUUUUCACUUUUUUUCAGUAAGUAAAAUUAAGCUGUUUCUAUUUUAAAGGUUACCUUCCGUCGUAAAAUCGGAUUUUCGCGGAAGGUGACCUUUAAGAUGAAUGAGUAUAAUUAAUGUUACUGCUACAACUGGCAUAAACAAGUUCUAUAGCAGGCUGUAGUUCAUUGUCAUAUACAUAAACAAACAAAGAAAUCUUAAUUAAUUUAAAAUCAAUUUUUUUGAUUCAAGUAUGCAAGCCAUGACAGUAUUACUGAAGUGCUGAGACCCCUCCACCCAAAUAGUACCUGCUGUGGGUGACGGAGGUGAUUCUGUUGCUUGAAGUGUGCAUGCUGGUUUGCCAGCUCAUCUAUUGGCAUUAGGGACCACUGUGACAUGGCUUGUAGCAGCGUGCUAGUGUUGUUAGCAACCCCGACGACUGACCUUAGCGGACAAUAGCAGCGGCCCAGCCAGGCUAGCCAACAAUUUGCCUCCAUGCUCCAACUAGCUAACAGCCAGCUGCUGAAUUUAUUAUGGAACUAGCAAACUAGUUUAAACAAAUGAGCCAAAACCUACAGUUUCAGGUUUAGGAAGUAUUAAAUUGCCCGUUUAAUACUUGCCUGUAACAGUCUGUAAACUCUUAUGUAAACAUAAUUCACUACAUUGAUAUAAAACAUCUAUAAAACCCUCUUAAACUACACAGUAGUCACUUUGCUCGUACCAUGUAAUCCUUCUUUAAGACUUCUUGCAUAAAGCUUUUCUUCAGUGUCUUGUUGCACAUGGUGUCCUAAACUGUCUUAAAUUAUUUUGUUAGGCAUGCUCAAUUCAUAAUCAAUCAUAAUACAUACACAUAAUUUUGGGCUGUACUUGCUGUUUUAUUUAAACAAAGUUUAAAAUGUCUAAUUUUAAUUAGCAAAGUCUACUGGGUUCAAGAACCUUGUUUUUACAGUUUAUUUUGAAAAUCCUAUUAGUUUCUAGGCUAGACAUGUCAUUGACUAGAAAAUGGCGACUAGACUUCAGUGGUCUAUUCAAAGCUUAUCCAACCUAGAAAUAGUUGUAAAAAAAAAUGCAUUUGUUGGCGGGGCAUUUAACAGUGGCAAGGAUUACCAGUGUCUGUAGUGUAUGAGAUAAAGUGUGAAGCAGUAAUACUGCCCUGUCUGCUACCUGGUGUUCUACACAGUAUUUGGAGCUCCCAGUUCAACACAAUCAGCUAGAAUUAGUCCCCACCCCUCAGUCCUCAGGUGGAGGCAGUAUGGAGACAUAUGGAGGUGAGGAAGAUGCUCCUGGCCAUUGCAGUGCAGAGGCAGAGAAGCCUGAAUAAAUGGUCUGGUCACAUAGUGCUAACCUUCACAUCCUCCAACACGAAAACUCUUUUGCUGUGACUGGCUUGGCCCCGGCUUUGAAGAGGAGAGGAGGGGUUUUUAAUUCCUUCCUUCCCUCUCUCUCUCUCUCUCUCUCUCCUCCGCCUGUCAGGCAGAUUGCUCGCAUCUGGCCAUCCGGGAAAGGAGCCAAGGAGAAAGUAUCAGAAUUAAGACAAAUAACUGCUGUACAAACCAGCAAGAGGAAGAGCCCCAUUAAUCUACUGCUGCUUCCUAUUCUCUCUCUCACUCUUUCUCUCUCUCUCUCUGUCAAAUUAAUGGAAAGAGAUUUGGGCUGGGGCUGAAAGGAAAUUUAACUAGGGGAAGGAAAAAUGAACAAUGACUUAGUGCUCAUUGUCCCGCUGUCUUUUAUACACCCUUUUUGAACUGAACGUUUGAGGCGUCUGCCUCACAUGAAGCCAUGGUACGUAGGUUGUAUUAACACGUUACAAUGAAAAAAUUCCAGAGAAAUAGUGAGUACCACGUUUUACAUAAUAUCUCAAAAUAGUGACUUUUUUCCAUGUGAGGAGAAAGAGAAAUGUCAUUCUUUUCACUAAAUUAUUUCUUCAAUCAAAUUAUUUAAAGUAUUGCAGAGUGGUUUUUGUAACCUUGUUCUUAAUCAGCAUUAUUAUUUUUCUGAGUUAUUUCUGUGAUUGUUCUCUUUAUUUUGUUGUGUAUCAGUGAAAUGUGAAAAGAUGUUGAUCGAGACUGUUGUAAUAAACUUUUAUAAAAGUU